CUAUCCACCUACUCGUCCCUCAUAUCUCUCCAUCACCUGCAAUCAGAGAACUUCCCUCUAGGAUGCUGUAGUAUAUCCCUCUAUACUUUGCCUACUACUUGCCUACUUGCCUGCCCACUUCACAUUCAGAUCCCUUCUCCCCACCGCUUCCGUCCUCUCUCCUGCUGCCUCGCGCACCGAGAUGAGUGAUCUCUGACCCCGUCCCAGCCCCCUCGAGACAUACUAACUGAUCUUCGGGAUACAGUCUUCUGCUAGCCUCUUGACGUCUCCGCCAAACCCUCGUUUGUACCUACCUUCCUGUACCGCUACAGUCCCCCCAACAACAAACAUACUGCGUGCAUAACCCUCUCUCAAUCCCACCCCUCAGCUGGUAGUGAGCAAUCACAUAUCGCCCCGCACAAUGGUGAAAAUCGACCACCACGAGUAUCUGUCCGAAGAGGAGAAACGGCUCAAGGAGGAUCGGGAACGCGUUAAAUACUGGAAGAAGUGGGGCCCCUACGUCGCCGAGCGACAAUGGGCUACAGUCCGCGAGGAUUACAGUGCCGAUGGUGAUGCCUGGAGCCAUUUCCCGCACGCACAUGCCAGAUCGAGAGCUUUCCGGUGGGGAGAAGAUGGCAUCGCCGGCGUCUGUGAUACACACGGCUUCCAAAAUAUCGCAUUUGCUUUUUGGAACGGGGAAGAUGACUUCCUCAAAGAAAGGCUGUUCGGGUUAUCGAAUCCGCAGGGUAAUCAUGGCGAAAGUAUCAAAGAGGCACAUUUCCAUGUCGAUAAUACACCUACCCAUUCGUAUAUGAAGCUGUUAUACAAAUAUCCCCAACGGAAAUUCCCGUACGAGGACUUGAUCAAGGAGAAUGCCGCUCGAGGGAAGCAGGACCGGGAAUACCAAAUUAUCGACACGGGGAUAUUCGAUGAGAACCGCUACUGGGACAUCGUGAUCGAGACAGCGAAGGAAGCAAACGACCCAGAAGAACUACUUUUUCGCGUUACGGCGUGGAAUAGAGGCCCAGAGCCUGCUCCUCUACAUAUUAUUCCCCACGUGUGGUUCAGGAACUGCUGGGCAUGGGGUCACGAGUCCGCGGACAAGAAGCCAUCCAUAACCCAGCUUAGCGAGACCGUUGCACAAAGCAAACACUACAAAUUGGGAGAGCGAUACUUCCAACUCUCCCCCUCUCCUGGGGUUGGACCAAGCGGGCAAGAUGUUCAGCCGGAGCUGAUCUUUACGGAGAACGACACUAAUUUUGAGCUGCUCUAUAACGGUAAAAACGAGCAACCGUACGUCAAGGAUGCUUUUCAUCGCUACAUUGUGGACAAGGAGAAGGCGGCGAUCAAUCCCGAGAAGACAGGCACAAAGUCAGCUGCAUGGUUCGCUUUCGAUGAGGGCGGCGGAGUUGCUCCAGGGGAGUGUGCUGUGGUACGAUUUCGGUUGUCAAAGAAGUAUGAAGCGUACCUUGAUGAAGAAGAGUUUGACGAGAUCAUUGACAAACGGAAGGAGGAAGCAGAUGAUUUCUACUACCGUAUCAGCCCCCUGCCCAUGACAGAAGACUUGCGUAAUAUCCAGCGGCAGGCCUUCGCAGGCAUGAUGUGGACGAAACAGUUCUAUCAUUUUAUUUGGGACCAAUGGGCGAAUGGGGAUCCAAACCAGCCCCCUCCACCUGCAGAACGCAAGUCCGUCCGAAAUACGCACUGGAAGCAUAUGUAUCUUGAUGAUAUCCUUUCGAUGCCAGAUUCGUGGGAGUACCCGUUCUUCGCCGCUUGGGACUCUGCAUUCCACUGCAUACCUUUGGCCAUGAUCGACCCGGACUUUGCAAAGAAGCAGCUUGAUCUAUUCACGAGGGAGUGGUAUAUGCACCCUAACGGACAACUUCCGGCUUAUGAAUGGAACUUCGGUGAUGUCAACCCUCCCGUACACGCAUGGGCGACUUUCCGGACGUUUAAGAUCGAAAGAAAGAUGUAUGGUCGUGAAGAUCUUGAUUUCCUGGAAAGGGUAUUUCAAAAGCUCCUUCUCAACUUCACCUGGUGGGUGAACCGGAAAGACUUCGACGGGAAGAAUGUUUUCGAAGGAGGCUUUCUAGGCUUGGACAAUAUUGGCCUUUUCAACCGCUCGGAACCUCUGCCCACGGGCGGUGUGCUUGAGCAAGCCGAUAGUACUGGAUGGAUGGCAUUCUAUUGUCUUUGCAUGCUGAAUAUUGCACUGGAGUUGGCCAAGCACCGCCGCAUAUAUGAGGACAUCGCAUCAAAGUUCUUCGAACACUUUAUUCUCAUCAGUGAUGCUAUGACGUACAAAUCCGGUUCAAAAGAGGAGAAAUCUUUAUGGAAUGAGGAAGACGGCUUUUAUUAUGAUGCCAUUUCGUGGGGAGGGCCGUGGACGCAACAACUGCCGAUCCGCUCUCUUGUCGGGCUGAUCCCACUAUAUGCGACACUCACUCUAGAGCCGGAACUCAUCAAUAAACUGCCAUCCUUUAAGAAGCGUGUUGAGUGGUUCAUUGAGAAUAGGCACGACGUGGCAGAGCGGAACAUGGCCAGCAUCAGAAAGAGAGGAAAGGGCAACCGCAUUUUACUGUCCCUUGUGAGCAAGGACCGCCUAGAGAAGAUUCUGAAGCGCAUGUUAGAUGAGAAUGAGUUCUUCAGUGAGCAUGGGAUUCGGUCGUUAUCAAAAUACCAUCAGGAGAAUCCUGUUUCGAUGGAUGUAAAUGGCCAGAUGUUCAAGGUCAGCUAUGUACCCGGAGACUCCGACAGUGGACUGUUUGGCGGUAACAGCAACUGGAGAGGUCCCAUCUGGCUGUGUGUCAACUUCCUGCUUGUGGAAUCUCUGCAGCGAUUCUACAUGUUCUACGGACCUACGCUGCAGGUUGAAUGUCCUACUGGCUCAGGAGACUUCAUGCAUCUGGGGCACGUAUCUGAAGAGAUUCAACAUCGUUUGCAGCACUUAAUGGCACGGGGAGAUGACGGUCGUCGAGCUAUCAACGACGGAAAUGAUCUGCUGGACUUUGAUCCCUACUGGAAGGAUAAUCUGUGGUUCUAUGAGUUCUUUGAUGGUGAUACUGGACGAGGACUAGGGGCCACACAUCAAUGUGGCUGGACAGGGUUGAUUGCUAGGAUGAUUCAUGAUACUGGCAUUAGCUGCCGCUUGCCACAGACACCCCGAACACCAUCCACAGGGAUGGCGCAUUACUUCGAUGAUAUAUUCACACGACACGCGGCCCAAAACAGAACCAACAAGCCUAAUCCGAAAAUGCGCCGUUCAUCAACGACUCGGUCAAUAGGUGCUCGCAGUGAUUUCGAUAUGUCUGUGAAUGGGGACCACGAUGAGGUGCAGUCAAUAGAAAACUCAGUAGAGUCCGAGACCGCAGAGAGAGAGCGCGAGCGCCAGGAGGCGGAUGCUCAUACAGCUAGCUAUGUCUCUGAGCAACUGUCCAGAGUGCGUAGUCACCAGUCGGCUGAUUUUGAGAUUGGUGAUGAGUUUGAGGCCCAGCUUGAUGGCCAGUGAGCGGGUUUGCAGCUGUGGAAGGAGUGCCGCUUUGUGCACAAUUCCUCUAAUUUCUUCCGCUGCCUGUAUCGCAUCCAGCUUCCAGCCUCUUAGAAAGUGAGCAUAGACGCUUUGUACCUGCUAUAC